AACAGAUCAAUAAUGAAUAAGGACAUUGAAAUAAUAAUCAACCCCCUACCCCCACCACCAAAGAAAAGCCCAGGACCAGAUGAUUUUACUGAUGAAUUCUACCAAAUAUUUAAAGAAAAAUUAAUGCCAAUGCUUCUCAAAGUCUUUCAAAAAAAACUGGAGAGGAAGGAACACUCCCAAGCUCAUUUUACAAGGCCUACUACUAACGUCACAGAAAGACACUACAAAAAAAGAAACCUACAGGCUUGAGGAUCAGCUGCCAUCAUGAGCAACACAGUAACUAUCUGGACCAGGAAGUUCAUGACCAACCGACUACUUCCGCUGAAAAAAAUGGUCAUCGAUGUCCUUCACCCUGGGAAGGCAACAGUACAUAAGACAGAAAUUAUGGGAAAACUAGCCAAAAUGUACAAAACUAUGCCAGAUGCCAUCUUUGUAUUUGGAUUCAGAAUCCAUUCUGGUGGUGGCAAGACAACUGGCUUUGGCAGGAUUUCUGAUUCCUUGGAUUACAUGAAGAAAAAAGAACCCAAACACAGAUUUGCAAGACAUGGCCUGCAUGAGAAGAAAAAGACCUCAAGGAAACAGCAAAAGGAAUGGAAGAACAGGACGAAGAAAGUCAGGGGGACUGCAAAGGCCAAUGUUGGUGCUGGCAAAAAGGAAUGAUCUGGAGAUGGGACAACAGGAGGU